UGUGUACUUCCUGUUCUGGGCAGCUGUCAAGUUCGCAUUCACUUACAUAUGGAAGAUAUAUUUAGAUAGCUCUGUUAUCAGUAUGAAAAGUGCUAAAAACAGAAAACCGGAUGUUCCUGGAUAAUGUCACUGUUAAGAUCGGUUAUUCAGAACUGGUUCCUCAUAGGCAUUGUACUAGUGAUAAUUUUGGCGAAAGCUAGCCCAAAUGUUGGUGCAAAAGGAGGUUUCUUAAAGCCAGAGGUAACUGUGAAGUACAUUGGAGUUUCUAUAAUAUUCUUCAACAGUGGCCUUUCAUUGAAAACUGAGCAACUGACUGCUGCUCUCUGCCAAGUGAACGUUCACUUGUUUGUGCAGUGUUUCACCUUCAUUGUGAUCCCGUUCCUGUUGCAUGCAGUGGCCCUCCUCCUGCAGACCAGUCCACUGGAAGCUCACCUGCUGGAUGGACUGAGACUACUGAGCUGCAUGCCCCCGCCGGUCUCCUCAGCAGUUCUACUCACAAAAGCAGCCGGUGGGAAUGAGGCUGUUGCAGUAUUUAAUUCUGCACUUGGUAGUUUCUUGGGCGUCUUCAUCACUCCAGCUCUCAUCCUAGCUACAGUAGGAUCAACUGCACAUGUCCCGGUCAGCACUAUCUUCGUACAGCUGUCCUCCACAGUGGUUCUGCCUCUGGCCCUAGGACAGAUGUUGCGGGCUGCGUAUAAACGAAAGCUGGAGAGAAACAAGAUACCCUUUGGAGCUAUUGGAAGUGUGGUGCUCCUGCUUGUCAUCUACACCACCUUCUGUGACACGUUCUCCCACAGGGACAUCAACGUGGACGAGAUGAGCUUAGUAUCAGUUGUUCUGUUAGUAAUCGUGCUUCAAGCUGGCCUGAUGAUGUUAGUUUUUGCUGUGUCAAAAUGCUCCUUUCUUGGACUACAGCCAGCUGAUACUGUGGCUCUGGUGUUCUGUUGUACGCAUAAGUCCUUGACUCUAGGCAUUCCAAUAAUCAAGAUCAUAUUUGGUGGGUAUGAUGGUUUAUCUCUGAUAAGCAUCCCCUGCUGGUCUACCACCCAGUACAGAUUCUACUUGGGGGGCUUCUCGUUCCCAUGGUAAAGGCAUGGCUCAUCACCACAGAGAGGUUCAGAUAUAUGUAUCCAAGUCGACAGAGGUUUGCACAAUUUCUACAAGUUUGAAUUCUGACACACUCUUUGUGUUUGAUCUGACAAAAGAUCAAUGCAUUGGAGGGCAGAGGAUCUUAUGUAUUUUACCAACAAUUAAAGGCAACUGAUGUGUUCUGGUGUAAGCAUUUAUUCGUAAAGAACCAACAAUCUACAGCACUUUCAAGCUUCACAUGGGAAUUUUAAUGUUGUCCAGUGUGUCAAUGGAUGUCUGGACCCACCGAAAAACUGUGUGGAUUGUUCCUGUGAUAAAAUAGAGGUUUUGUGUUUGCAAGAUUUAUCAAGUGAAAAUAGUUGUUGAUAACAACUCAAGGACCUCUAUUCUGAGAUAAGGAGUAAUCCCAUCCACCUCCAUAAUCAUCUCCAUCAAGGUUGCUGUUGGACAUAUUACAUGACCAAAACCAGAUUGUACACCUAUUUAAGGCAAAUACAGGGGGGAAAUGUAUGUUUCUAAGAUGAACUGACUUCGUAUGUUAUUGUUUUUGGAGCUACGUUAAAUGUGUGACAACUGCUUAUAGCAGUAUGCACAGUCCCGCUUUUCAUGAAUGCUUUGACUAGAUUCGCAGACAUUUCCAAGCAUAAAUACUUGAUCAUUGCCUAUUUCAAGUUCAUUUCUGCUGAUUUUUGUGACUAAAUUUACAAGAGUUUGAAAUAUGUGAUUUUCUUUUGGCUGGCAAACAUUUGUAAAUCUGUAAAAUUUGGUAUGAUUUCAGAUAUCCAGGAUAUGUAUUUGAAUUGUUUUUUAUGUGCUCAAAGUACAAAAUAGAAAACAAUGAUCAUGAUCUUUCUACAGUGAAUUAUUGGGUUCAUAUUGCCUCAUUUGUCAUAUGCUGAUACCUUUACCACAAAAGUUCACAUCACCUCAUAAGGUCAAGGGUCUGGCUACAAAAGCACUGUUAAGCAAGCUUACCCUGUUCCCAAUAAUCAAUCACCACCCACAUAUCAUUUUAUAAAAGUAUGAAAACAC